AAUAACAACUAUAGCAAGGCUUCAACAUCGACAAAAUUUGUUGGGCUGCUGUGAACUGGGGAGUGAAAGUGAGGGAAACCAAGAGAAAAUGAGCGGAACCAUAAAGAAGGUGACAGAUGUGGCAUUUAAAGCAUCAAAGAACAUUGAUUGGGAUGGGAUGGCGAAGCUUCUCGUCUCCGACGAGGCUCGCAAGGAGUUUGCCUCCCUUCGUCGUGCUUUCGAUGAGGUUAAUUCCGCUCUACAGACCAAGUUCAGUCAGGAACCUGAACCUGUUGACUGGGAAUAUUAUAGAAAAGGAAUUGGCUCACGCAUAGUGGAUGUGUAUAAAGAGGCUUAUGACAGCAUAGAGAUCCCCAAGUAUGUGGACACCGUUACUCCACAGUACAAGCCUAAAUUUGAUUCAUUGUUGGUGGAAUUGAAAGAAGCUGAAGAGAAAUCCCUGAAGGAAUCAGAGCGUUUGGAGAAAGAAAUUGCAGAAGUUCAAGAGUUAAAGAAAAAGCUCAGCACCAUGACUGCUGAUGAGUACUUUGAGAAGCACCCUGAGCUCAAGAAGAAGUUUGAUGAUGAAAUCCGGAAUGACUACUGGGGCUAUUGACCAUAUUGGCAAUUUAUGGCAGCAAAUGAAACCUCUGCCCAAAAAAUUAUGAACUCAGCAUGUUACUGUUCUUUUGGCAAUAACAGUUACCAACAAAUUAUUUCCUUGUAAUCUGGUCGCUCACAGUUCGUAGAAUUUGAGCUUCUAUGAUGUCAAUGGAAAACGCUGAGAGUUCCAUCUCACAAGCAGAAUCAAAUUUACAGGAUGAUGCUUUGUUCAAUCAACAUAAAUAAUCAAUCUUUUGACUGCUUUUUUUUUU